GGGCGUAGACAUGUACUUCGGGACACUGAAGCUCACCUCGCACCAGAACGUGACCAACAACGCGGUGGAUUUGCUGAAGAAGGCUGGCGGCAAGAUGGUGAUGAUGGUCGACGAGGACGAGUUCUACGACAAAUUCCCACUGCUGCGUACAUUGGACAUGCGUCGCUCGGAAGACAACGAGCAUCGCGAAAACAUGAAAUACCACACCAACACUUUCCGCCCGGAGUACGCCUCCACAACGGGGGCAUUCGAAACGGAACGAAAACGCUUCCAGGACAAAUACCUCAUCGAGCAGGCUCGCGAAAAGUUUGUCGAAUGGGACAAACGCAACACGGCUUCAUCCACGGUUCAAGGUUCCAAUGUUUGUCUGGACGACUAUUUCCCCUUCAGCUCGCAACAGCUCACUAAACCGGUUGUGUCCCCGUUGGUCCAAUCUUCGGUACCCCAAAGCAAGCCACGACGACGCUACGAACUAGAGUACGAUACACUGGUUGACGAAUCUGAUUCUGAAAAGGAAUCGGAGGCAUUUGCCGCUUCUCAACAACGACGCUGUCCACCCAAAACGAACCAACAUCAUAAGAAUCUCAACAACCAGAUCGCACGUCCUCCGGCUAAGCCUCACAAUGGAGACAUAUACGAAAAGUCUAUUGCUGAUUUGGCCCCUGCGCUGCACAAAAUCAAACUAAGACGGCGGGCUGCUAUACAAAAAGAGAUGGACGCCGCCAGCUCUUCCAAAGCAAAUGGUAAUCUUCCGACGCUGAACAUAAUGCCGGCUGGUUUCGACCUAGGAAAUGUCCAAUUUGCAAAUGGAAACACAAUUCUGGGAAGUAGCGAGGUUGGUGUCGGUGCUCGAAGCGCUGUUUCCAGCCAAAAGCCACCUCGCUGCUCGGUGGUGAACAAUCGGCGACCACGACCGCAGCAACGAAACGACUAUCACGAUUCGUCACUGGAGGAGGAAAUGAUUCGCAAGUUGGACAUUGGCGGAGGGAAUAUUGAACCUGCUGACGACGAGGAAGAAGAGGAACGAUGGUAAGACAGCGCUAACGACAACUAUUACUGUAUUAUAACUAUAUUAAUUUCGUUUGAUACGUCAAAGUUCGUAUUUUUCUAAUACCUAACUCAUAUGAAUUCUUUGAAAUGUAAAUCGAACUACCAACGCAAUAAAAAUAAUGUAAUGUUAAUUAACGUUUAA